AUGUUUGUUAGAUCAACUAGAUUAGCAUCUGCAAGAUCGAUUAGAUUCGGUUUAUUGCAAACUUCGAGGAGAUUGAACUCCACCAAAUCUACUCCUCCACCACGUAAGGGAUUCCAAACUCAAUUCUUAAUCGGUUUAGGAGUUUUAGCUAUAGGUACCACCUUAGCUUCAUCAUUAUAUAGCAAAGGCGCACCAAAGUCAGCCAUUGAACCUGUUGAGAAAAAGAGUGGAGCUACUUUCAAGGAUGGGGAAGUCAAUGUUAUAUUUGUAUUGGGUGGACCUGGAUCAGGAAAAGGUACUCAAAGUGCAUUAUUGGUUAAAGAUCAUGGAUUUGUCCAUUUAUCAGCUGGUGACUUAUUACGUGCAGAACAAAAGAGAGAAGGUUCAAAGUAUGGUGAAUUGAUUGCUCAAUAUAUCAGAGAUGGUUUAAUUGUUCCUCAAGAAGUUACAGUUGCUUUAUUAGAACAAGCCAUUAAGGAAGAACAUGCUAAAGGGGCUAAGAAUUUCUUAAUUGAUGGAUUCCCAAGAAAGAUGGAUCAAGCCCUUACUUUUGAAGAUACUAUUUCAAAGUCUAAAUUCACUUUAUUCUUUGAAUGUCCUGAAAAAGUUAUGUUAGAAAGAUUAUUAGAAAGAGGUAAAACUAGUGGUAGAACUGAUGAUAAUGUUGAAAGUAUCACCAAGAGAUUUAGAACAUUUGUUGAAACUUCAAUGCCAGUAGUUGAUUAUUUUGAAAAGCAAGAUAAAGUAGUCAAAGUCAAUUGUAACCAACCAGUUAAUGAAGUUUAUGAAAAGGUUAAACAAGCUUUAAAGCUGAAAGGUAUAUAA